AUGACCUCGCCCUCGCCCUCGCCCUCGCCCUCGCAACCCGCUAUUGACCACCCUGUCGACUUGUCCGCCGGUCCUCCGCACCCCGAUUCCCAAGGCUCAGAGAAUGCUCAACCGUCGACCACCGUUGUUGACGCAAAGGAUGAGAAAAUAAAUGGCCGCAAGGAUGAGAAAGUGGCAACAAAUCCAUUGAAGGAGAUACCGGGAAAUACACCGACGGUGAACAAUGGGAACAGGGAUACCGAUGUGAGCGAGGAGGUGGAUGACUUUGGGCUUCCGAUUCGGGUCCGUACUAGACCUGGACUGUCAACGAAUGCUAGCUCUGACGAUCCUGAAACUUUUCAUGAUCUUGAGCAAACGUAUUCGGAUCAGAAUGGGCACCGCCAGUCGGAGAAGCAAGAGAGCUCAUUCCACUCACAAGAAGUGAGCUCAAAGCAUCAAAGCGAAGAGGUUACCGCUAGCGGCGAUCAAGGUCCCAUCGAGAAGAAACAAUCUGCUAGCGGACAACAAGCGCAGACUUCGGAAGUGACACCUCCCCCUACCGAAAAUGGUUUGGCAUCGCAGAAGAAUCACGAUACUGUCCAGAAGAGCGAUUUGCCAGCCACGUCCGAAGAACCCUCGCUCAAAGAGCAAGACAGCCAAUCCCCCUCAAAAAUACAACCGAGCUCGGACGGUCAGGAUGCUUCGCCUCAACCUCACAGUACCCACCAACGACAAACGAGUCUCAAGCCAUCAGAGUGGUCGCAUCAGCGCUUAAGCGAGAAUAAAGAAGCAAAUACGGAAAGCGACGAGGAGAGUGAAGGGGAAUGGAAAGAUAUGCCCGCGUUGGGCGAAUUUGAUGUCUACGAUGAUUACGGACGACUAGUCGCCCGUGGGGAUAAGGCGGAGGACAACGAAGCAGUUUACAGAGGCCUAGGCGGUGCCGGAAAUGGUUAUACACGAGUGCAGUUCGAUGAAGACGCCCAGUCAGUUACAAGUCUUGAUCAGGAUACAAGUUACCUGUUCAAGGAACCCGGUGGUAAUUCCGUGGGUGUUGAGGAGGAAUUGCGUGAUCCUACCAGCCAACUUCAGGCUACGAAAGAUCUUCUUACUGAGAGCCAACGGAUUGCGUAUGUCGGCGUGACACGGCUGGUCAUAUAUCAAAUGACGCGGGAUCUGGAAAGGAUACCGACAACAAGAGCCACGCGCAAGGCAACGCAGAAAGCUGUCGAUUCUCUGAGAAAAUGGGGUCAGCUGGUGAUGGGUAGGGUGUAUACUCACAUGGAGAUCGAUCCGGCCGAGCAAAUAAUGAUUGAGCAAUUGGCCGAGCAUGGUGUAGAGCCUGCAGAUCUUGUUCGACCGUUGAUGCAAAAUGCUCGGGUUAAAAACCCCUUGGCGGACGACGAGCUAGAUUCGCCCAAGGCGUCCAUGUCUUCGGCUGCGUCUCUUGACAUGAAGGGGGGCAGCCGCACAAGCUUGUCCAGCGAGACUGAUGGAUAUUCCGACCCACCUCCACCCUACAAGGCGCAUGAAGACGAUGAUGAUCUACCGGAAGUGCGAACCCCUUCGCAAAUGCCUACCUCCGCCAAAAUUGACAUUGACCUUCGUUGGACCGUUCUGUGCGACUUGUUCUUAGUUCUUAUAGCGGACUCAUCCUAUGAUGCUCGGUCGCGGGCAUUACUGGAAAGGGUCGGCAAGGCUAUGGAAGUGUCGUGGCUUCAAAUCGCUCGCUUUGAAAAGCGAGUCAUCGAUGCACUCGAGAUGCAGGAAGCUGCAGAGAAGGAGACCUGGGAUGAAUCAGAACACAUGGAAAAACGACGCAAGAUGGCUUUGAAGCGCAAAUAUAUGGUCAUGGGUCUAGCCACAGUUGGAGGAGGCUUGAUAAUCGGACUUUCGGCCGGUCUCUUAGCACCUGUCAUCGGCGCGGGCCUUGCGGCUGGUUUCACUACCGUUGGCAUCACUGGAACCAGCGCUUUCUUGGGAGGAGCUGGUGGUACUGCUCUGAUUGCUUCUGGUGCUACCUUGACUGGAAGUACAAUCGGGCUAAGAGCUUCCCACAGACGCACUGGUGCUGUCCAAACAUUCGAAUAUCGUCCUUUGCAUAAUAAUAAGCGGGUCAACCUGAUUGUUGCCAUAUCCGGUUGGAUGACUGGCAAAGUUGAUGAUGUACGACUGCCUUUCAGUACCGUCGACCCUAUAAUGGGUGAUUUGUAUUCAGUCCUGUGGGAACCCGAAAUGCUUCAGAGUAUGGGUGCCACCAUCAAUAUCCUGGCCACAGAGGCUUUGACUCAGGGUUUGCAACAAGUCCUGGGAAGCACUGUCCUCAUGGCUUUGAUGGCGUCCUUGCAACUGCCUCUCGUUUUGACCAAGUUGUCGUAUUUGAUUGACAACCCUUGGAAUGUCUCCUUGGCUCGUGCCAAUGCAGCAGGACUGAUUCUCGCCGAUUCCUUGAUGGAUCGCAAUUUGGGGAAUAGACCUGUCACACUACUUGGUUUCUCCCUUGGAGCAAGGGUGAUCUUCUCUUGUCUGAAAGAACUCGCGGACCGAGGCGCCCAUGGACUGGUUCAGAAUGUCUAUCUCUUUGGGUCGCCCAUGGUGGCGAGUAAAGACGAAUAUAUCAAGCUACGCAGUGUGGUCUCUGGUCGCUUUGUGAAUGGAUAUUCUUCCAAUGACUGGAUUCUGGGGUAUCUCUUCAGAGCUACUAGCGGUGGUAUCAUGCGUGUGGCCGGCCUCGCUCCAGUAGAAGGAAUUCCCGGCCUUGAAAAUGUUGACGUUACAAGCCUUGUCAACGGCCACAUGGAUUAUCGCGCAGCGAUACCCCGGCUGCUGAAGGAAGUCGGCUGGGAAGUCCUCAGCGAGGAGUUUGCUGAAAUCGAGGACCCAGACCCGGAAAACCACGGUGAGCGGCAACGGGAGCUCAUCCGUGAAAUCGACGAGGCCCGUAAAGCAGCCGAAGCCCAACCUGAGAAGAAACGAUUCGGCUUGUUCAAACGCGGAAAGCUGGCUGACAAGAAAGGAUGGGAGACAUACGACGUCAGCCGCAAUGAUUCGGGCUCGCGGAACUCUACCGACAGCAGUGGAACCGGGACGGUCCUCUUUGAUAUCGAUGCAAUCCGGGCUGAAUUAGCCUCAGAGAUGAUCGAAGUCAAACAGCUCGAAUCGACGCUUCCCCCUAUGAAGUUGGACCUCAACUCACCUUCUGCCCAGUCACCUGCUGCUACAACUCCGUCAGAAUAUAGACCUUCCAAAGACAGUCUCAUGACUCCGCCUGUCUCUCAGACGCCCAAUGAACCUUCUCCAAGCCAUAUUCCGUCAAGCAAACGUCAGUCUCCAUCGCCUGGCCAGGAGGAGGUCCAUAUGACCUUCGAUGUCUCUUAUAAUGACCCACCACAGCGCCCUCAUUCUUCUUUUGCGCCGGCGGAUGAUAUAUCACAACCUACGAGGCCGCCUCUUCGAUCCUCGGCAACCAUGCAAGCUACUGUUGGUGCCACCGCACUUGGUGCUAGUGCCUUCGGAGCCAUGGCUCUGGAGCCCAACGCCUGGGCCGAACACGACUUUGGCCACUGUGACGAGGAAGAGAUCUCAAUGACUUUCGAGUGA